ACACAGCAAAAAUACUUAGUUUCAUCUUGCUCCUUGAGAAGAUGCACUGUAACACGUACUUCUUGAUCAUCAUCGUUUUGGAUUGAAGAAAAUUUAACAGUAUGCCGGUGGGAGAGGUGUUUCUGGGUGCGUUCCUGAAAGUGCUGUUGGACAGACUUGCCUCCCGAGAGUUGUUGGAAUUUGCAGACUGAGAGGGACUUCGUUCUCGGAUUGUCGAAUGAGAAAAAAAGUCGCUGAUGAUUGGAGAUGUUCUCCAAGAUGCCAAAAAAAACAGAUCAAAAGUUAUGCUCUCAAAACCUAGUUAGAAGAUUUGAGAGACUUCGCUUGCGAUGUGGAGGAUCUACUUGAUGAGUGCGCUACUGAAGCUUUGCGGCGUAAGUUGAUGGCCGAGCCCCAAGCUACUACCAGCGAGGGAGGAGGAAAUAAACCAGCUAGUUGAAUCGAUCUUAGCCGAUAAUGAAAGAGGUGAGGCAUUUGGUGUAAUUCCCAUCGUUGGGAUGGGAGGGAUUGGGAAGACAACCUUGGCUCCACAUGUCUUCAAUCAUGAAAAGAUCCUUCGCCGUUCGUCAUCCGUUUCCAAAAACGGAGGGUACUGCGUGGAUCAGAAGAGAAAACUCUACACUUUUAGUGGAUCGGAUCGUCGUUUCGGAGAGUUUCGGGUUUUCCCAAGAAUCGAGGUUUUCGGGAUCUUGAGUUGUCGUUUUGGACCGUUUUCGUACGAAGUUUCAUUUUGAAUAUAAGGUCCAUCCGUGCGUCGGUCCUAGUAGAUAAAAGGACUAGGGAGGUUAUUUUGGUUAGCUUACGAUGGAAUCCAGGGAUAUCACUGCCAAUAUAGGUGGCAGUAGUAGUGAGGGUGCCGGCCCCGAGGCUGGUAACGACUCUACUAGUGUGUUACGUGAAUUCGCACAGCAGCUUAUGGCUGAGGUAGUGCGUACGAAUAGAGGGCAGGAUCGUCCUAUGACUGAGUUGGGUUGCUCUAUUGAGCAGUUCACCAGAUUGAAGCCCUCUGCUUUUGUGGGCGGUACAGAUCCAGUUCGUGCUGAGAAUUGGAUCCAGGAGAUCGAGAAGAUCUUAGGUGUGUUAAACUGCACUGAAAAGCAGAAAGUCACCUUCGCCACGUUCAAGUUGGCAGGGGAGGCUGAGAGAUGGUGGGGGUCGGUAAAGCAGAUGGAGGAGCACCGACCGAUACCGAUAGUGUUGACAUGGGCCCGAUUCAAAGAGCUCUUCUUUGAACGUUAUUUUCCGGCCACAAUGAGAAAUGCGAAAAUGGAGGAAUUUAUGAAUUUGACGCAGGGUUCACUGACAGUGCAGCAGUACGCUGCCAAGUUCCAGGAGCUGUCUCGAUUUGCUCCAUUCGUGAUUCCUGAUGAAGCAAAGAAGGCUUGGAAGUUUCAGAGGGGUCUGAGGAGCGAGAUCCGUAAGCAGACGGCGAUUCUGCAGUUACAGGAUUUUGCUACGUUGGUUGAUAAAGCCACGGUAGCAGAGGAGUGUUUACUAGAGGAUGCAGAGGUUUAGGUUACGAAGAAGAGGCCAGCGCCUCCUAAUUAUUCAUCGGGGGCAGGACAGAGUAAAUGGAAGAAAAAUAGUAGUGGCACGUCCCAGAAUGCCGCAAGUGUUCCACAUUGCUCUUUAUGUGGUAAGAAACACCAGGGGCAGUGUUGGUUGUCUACGGGAGCCUGUAUGCGGUGUGGUAGACAAGGACAUCAGAUGAGAGACUGUCCGAGGCAGAGGAAUGAUGGAGUCACACAGAAGCAAUACAGAGGGAAUGCUCCGACACAGCGUGGUGGUCAGCAGGGGGGUACUGCCCAGGCUAGGGUAUAUUCUCUGA